GGUAUUGACACAUACUACCUCACUUUAGCACAUCUGCGUCAGAAUUUCAUACUUUACGCGUUUAAAACAGCGCAGAAACUAGUGUCCUCUAUUUUAGGGGUGCAUCCCCAAAAAUCAGGCAAUAUCGCCCCCAGUAACCGUUUUCACUCGGCACCUCUCGGCAAAUCCCGGCCGCGUGACGUCACGGCGAGCGCGAAGUUUCAGCCGAGCCAAGAUGGCGGACGUCAAUGGCACCACACCAAACCCGAAAAAGCGUGGCCGUGGAAGGCCUCGUGUUGGGACACCAGCAAAGAAAAGGAGAAUCCAGGCGAAGCUCAGAAGUCGUGUGGCGUUAGGGGAAGACACGAAAGUCGAGUGGAGGGAACUGAAGGAUCGACUGGGACUGGAGAGCGACAGCGCACUCGCGCGGCGUUUGUUGGACAGUUUCCAGGUUUCUGCAUCCCAGCCCCCCACCUGUACCUGUACCUGUAUGGUUGCUCCCAGGUCGUCCAGCCCACAGACUUUGUCACAGCCACCUACCUUUGAUGCUGGUGAUGUGUCUAGUGUGGGUGAACAUUCAGAAAGUGAAGAACUGGAGAGCAGGAAAUUUUUCUUUUGCACGAAGAUGUUUGGAUUGCAAUUUGGAUGA